CGCGCGCGGCGCGCAGGCGCAGCGGCUGCUCCUCUAUAUAAGGGCCGCGCCUGCCCGGGCUCCUCUGUCAUCGGGAGGAUGUCGCGAUACGGGCGAUACGAGACCAAGGUGUACGUGGGGAACCUGGGCACGGGCGCCGGCAAAGGCGAGCUCGAGAGAGCCUUCAGCUACUACGGACCUCUGAGAACCGUGUGGAUCGCCAGGAACCCGCCGGGGUUCGCCUUCGUGGAGUUCGAAGACCCCCGGGAUGCCGAAGAUGCUGUGCUUGGCCUCGAUGGGAAGAUAAUAUGCGGCUCCAGGGUCAGAGUGGAAGUUUCCACAGGGAUGCCGCGCCGCUCCCGCUACGACCGGCCCCCUGCCCGGCGCCCCUUCGACCCCAACGACAGAUGCUACGAGUGUGGUGAGAAAGGCCACUAUGCCUAUGACUGUCACCGCUAUAGCCGCCGAAGGAGGAGCAGGUCCCGGUCCAGAUCCCGCUCGAGGUCCCGAGGAAGAAGGUAUUCCCGGUCACGCAGCCGCAGCCGUGGUAGGAGAUCCAGGUCAGCUUCCUACCGCAGGUCCCGGUCGAUGUCUCCUCGCAGAUACAGAUCGUUCUCACCCCGCAGGUCCCGCUCUGGUUCUCUAAGAAGGUCAAGAUCUAGGUCCAGGUCACGCUCCAGGUCCCGGUCUGUUGUAUGGCCUCGAAGCAGGUCUGAGUCUCAUGGUAGAUCUAAAUCUGGCUUACCUGCUAAAAGCCGCUCAAAGUCGAGAUCACCCUCUCCAAAGAGAAGUCACUCACCAUCAGGAAGCCCUUGAAGGAAUGAAAGUCCUAAAAGAAUGGGUUCAGAUUUAAGAAGUUUAGUAAAAAAGUUAUUUUGUUUACAUUAUAAGGGAUUUUGUGAUGUAAGGGCUUAGUCCUAGAAAGCAGUUUCUAUUGACUAGCAAUUGGCAUGAAUCUCUUAUCUUCUAAAAGUCUUGUUAGCAGACUAAUACAAAACUCUUCUGUUGUGUUUGUGUUCUGUGAUCUGAAUAUGUUGGGCUUUUUUUUUUUUUUAUUGGUGCAUUGAAAUAAACUGCAUUUCUAACUA